AUGAAGUGUGCAGCAAGAAAUCACAAGACCGGUGAUUUCAACCAAGAGAAGCGUUUGAGAAGAAAGUUGCGUCGUCAACUGCAACAAGAUCGCGAUAACGGAUGGAAAUCAAGAACGAAAGAAUUUGAAAAGGCAUGGAAGGACAAGAAUCCGCAGAAAGCCACCAAGAAGUUUGAAAAAGAUAUCAUCGAACCGAUCGAGACGAGACGAUGCCAUAUGUUGAACGCCGUCUAUGAAACUGGAGAACUGUUCUUUGGAACAUGCGACAGCGGAGGAGUUGGAGGAGCUGUGUCAGCACGAGCACCACAAUAA